AUGUCUUCCGACAAGAUCACCGCGACAUCCAGCACCGACCCGUCUCUGCGCCCCUUCCAUGAGGCUCUCUUCAACGCGGGUCUCAACGUCCGCCGGGCCGUGGUGGGCGACGCCUACGUGGACCGCGCCUUGGCCAACGGGUCGACCGAGUUCUCGCGCGUGGGCCAGGAGCUGGUGACCGAGUUCUGCUGGGGGUUCGCGUGGACGCGGCCGGGCCUCUCGCGCAGGGACCGCAGCCUGCUCAACAUCGGCAUGCUGAUGGCGCUGAACCGCGCGCCCGAGCUGGCCGUCCACGUCCGGGGAGCCCGCAACAACGGCCUGUCCGAGGAGGAGAUCCGCGAGGCAAUCAUCCACGCCACCACCUACUGCGGCGUGCCCGCCGGCGUCGACGCCAUGAAGACCGCGGAGAAGGUCCUCAACGAGAUGGCAGAGAAGGGCGAGAUGCCUCGCCAGUUGGACGCGAAGAGCAAGGAUGCUUGA